AGUGAAAUUCAAAACUGACUGAACAUUUUUUUUUAUCUUUUUAAAUUAUUUCUCCUGGUUUCUUUUUUCCUCGUACAACCGUUUGAUGAAAAAGCAGUGUAGUAGCAGUGUCUGCGUGUCCCGCCAGCUCAAUUUUAUUCUACAAUUCCUUAAUCAAUCAAGAAAAAUUCUCAUAAAAGAAUAUACACAUACAUAUGGAAAUUGUGUGUGUAUAUAUGUGAUGGCAUACAUAAAUGUAGGCAGAGCGAGAAAUAGAGAGAGAGAGAGGUUGUUCCUUUUCUCCAUCUUUAAUGGUGUGAUAGUAUAUUAGCAGUGUGUAUUUGUGUGUGUACAAGUAUGUGUAUGUAAAACCUUCAUCUUUGCAUGCUUCACCUACUAUCUUCUACACAGGAAAAGGAAAACCCAAAACCCAUUACAAAAAUGGAGGAAAACCAAAAAGAAAAAUCUUUUAUUUUUUUUUCCUUUUUUGAAAUUUCACCAUCCCAACCCCUUUCAUUCUCCCAUAAUUAUCAAUAGGACUUCUGGUUUCUGAGAGCCAUCCCAGAUCUAAAAAGCGGUAAUCACUACUGGGUUUUCGUUGCUUUCUCCUCUCCUUGAUCGGGUAUUUCGAUUCUUAAAUUUCUGUGUUGUGAAAUUUCGUGUUAUAUUCUGUUUAUUGCAUCUGUUGUUGUUGUUAUUCCUUGUUCUUUUUCUUUAUUUUGUUUUGUAUCGGAGUGGUGUGGGGGUGAAGAGAGAGAGAGAGAGAGAGGAGUGAGAGAAAAAAAAUAAAACAUGAAGGAUGAUGACGAGUUAGAAAUGUUAUUAGGCGAGAUCCCUCAUGCAACAUCAUCAUUUAAUCUUCAGGAAAUGCUUAACAAUGCCACCAAUCAUCAGCAGCAUCACAAUAAUCUCGUUGAUCACGGUUAUGGUCAUGCAUCAUGUGUGAGUCAGAAAAUGAAUGGUCAUCUAAGAAAUGAUGGUGGUAGUGAUGAAGCUUCGAAACGUAAGAGUGCGUUUGCAUCCUCUCCCGUCAGCGGUUUCUCCUUGCAAUCCGGUUCGUCGUCUAGUUUGUUCUCCGGUGAUGGGCGAUCACAUUCGGAUAUUGGAUCACUAUCCCCGCCCCAGUUCGAAGAUUUCAAGAUUUCUGGGGGUGGAUUCUGUUUGGAUUUGACAAAGGCUAAUGAGGGCAGUUUAGUUGAUUGUUUUGAUUUAUAUAGAAACUUUAGUAGCAUGUGCGUUAGGGAUGAGCGAGAGGGGGCGUCUGCACAGCCCUACGGUGUCCAGUAUUGUGAUCAAUCGCCUAAUAGGAGUAGCCGCACUUUCGACAAGUAUGGAGUUUCUGAUAAUUAUAGGAGUAGUUUUAGCGUCUCUGUUCCGAGGAGGGGUAAUGUCAGUUUCGAAGGGGAGGCUGGUUCUGCAAUGGUGGAAAUGCCGUAUGAUCAGAGAAUGGCGAGUUUAUUGGGAUCACGCUAUUCCCCUAGUCAAUCUGAUAGAAUGUUUUGUUGGUCGGAUUUUGGAAGCUCUGCUCCAGGUCCUCAGUUUCAUAGGCAUAAUGGUUUGGCUAACAACAGUUUCCCAAUGGGAUAUAUGGUGCCAAAUGCAUCGCCAUCUUUAGAUAAUCCGUUAGUUGGAGAUUCUUUGUUCUAUCCUCCACAAAGCAGGAAGAACCCGAUUGAAGCUAGUGAUUCUUUUUAUUCGUCUAACAUGGCUCAUAUGGCGCAGCUGUCGCCACAUUACAAUGAGGACAGCUUGAUUCAUUACCAGCAGACUGCGCCUAAUGGAAGAAACAAGGUGCCUCUGCGUGUCAGAGGGCCUCGAGGGAGUGUUGAGCCCUUUGGUAGGGAGGAUAGUUUGAUCAUUCAGGGGGAAGGUGUCAAUUAUGCGAUUACCAGGCACGCACGUCUCGGGGAGCACAAUACGAAGAGUUUCCAUCAUGAGAAUGGCGCUUGGAAGACUCACGAGAGGAGGUCACAGUUGGAUGACCAUCUCCACACUGCUGCAAUUCAAGAUGGUUGCCAGAGCCCCAAGAUGCAUUGCUCUUUCAACCGACCAACAAAGUUUAGCUCCCUUGCUGAAGCACAAGGAUACAUCUAUCACAUAGCAAAGGAUCAACAAGGUUGUCGAUUCUUGCAGAGGAUGUUCGAUGAAGGAACUUCUAUAGAUGUGCAGAUUAUAUUCAAUGAGAUAAUUGAUCAUGCAGUUGAACUGAUGAUGAACCCUUUCGGAAAUUAUCUCAUGCAAAAAUUGUUGGAAGUGUGCAAUGAAGAGCAGAGAAUGCACAUACUGUUUAGGGUGACUGAGGAGGAAGGCGAGCUAGUUAGGAUCUCUUUAAAUACACACGGCACUCGUGUGGUCCAGAAGUUGAUUGAAACUCUCAAGACAAAGCAGCAAAUUUCCCUAGUUAUUUCAGCCCUCGAAUCAGGAUUUCUAUCUCUGAUCAAAGAUUUAAAUGGGAAUCAUGUUAUUCAGAGGUGCUUGCAAUGCUUCCCAGGUGAAGAUAGCAAGUUCAUUUUUGUUGCUGCUGCAAAGUACUGUGUUGAUAUUGCAACACAUCAGCAUGGAUGUUGUGUUCUACAACGGUGCAUCAGCCAUUCAACUGGGGAGCAUCGAGAAAAUUUAGUUGCAGAGAUUUCAGCGAAUGGACUUUUGCUGGCAGAAGAUGCAUUUGGAAAUUAUGUAGUUCAGUUUAUUUUGGAGCUUAAGAUCCCAUCUGCCACAUCCAAACUGACAUCUCAGUUUGAGGGAAACUAUGUGCACCUGUCUUCACAAAAGUUCAGCAGCCAUGUGGUUGAAAAGUGUCUUUUGGUAUGUAAUGAGGAAGCCCGCACGAAGAUCAUCCACGAAUUGCUCUCUGCUCCUUGCUUCGAUCAGUUGCUUCAGGACCCACAUGCUAACUACGUUGUCCAAACAGCUCUCCGCGUUUCUGAGGGACACCUCCACAAUUCUUUGGUUGACGCUAUUGAAUCUUACAAGGCAGUCUCACGUAACAGUCCCUACUCAAAGAGGAUUUUCUCUCAAAAGCUUUUGAAGAGGUGAUGUACAAUCUUAGUUGUGCGCCUCAUAUACCUUUUCCCUUUUGUGGCAAUUUUUGCAUAGCGAUAUCUUAGCAUCCAGCUCCUAAGAAGAGUUUAGAGAUGGGGGAACCAUGACUCCACUUGCUCAACCCAUUCUUCACAUCUCUCUCUGCAGUUGUACUAUUUGUUGUUUUUGUUGUCCAUGUACCUUGACAACAACUAUUAUUUCCAGAUUUUAUUUAUUAGAUCAUGCCAGAUAAGAUGAAUAUUCUUUUUAUUUAUUUAUGUAGGUCUCUUGUGAAACCAUUUCCCA